CUCUGCCACUCCGUCUCUCUCCUUCUCUCUCUCUCUCCCUCUCCCUCUCCUCUAUGCUGCUAUUCUGGGAAGUGGCGUUUGGAAUAACCCCCGUGUGCGUACGAGUGUGUGUGUGCGUGUGUCUCCUGAUUUCACCCUCACACACGCACACAUACACACUCACAACACAACCAGACGCACACAUUUUACUGUCUGUCUGACUGCAGUAGUGGAGCUCCGGCAGCAGAAAUCCGGUCGGAAAGGAUUCCUUCCAUUUUUACGCGCAACUUUUCCUCCGUCGGCCGCCUCGCCGCGCCGUUUCCACCGCUUUCCUCCUCGACUCUUGUGGAUUUCUAACAACCGGGCUGUUUUCCUAAGCGGACAACCAGCGAGGUGUCAAGCCCGCCCGGAAUCGGAUCCCCUGUCACCGGGGUUGCUUGUUGUCAUUUUCGCACGGAGACGCGCAGCCGGAGCGCAGACAGAAGGGGCUGUGGCCAGUUUGUCGACUUGCUUAACUUGACCAGAGGAAAAACACUUACACAAGGAUGGCCACGUAAGGACACUUUCUGUCGGAACUCCCGCUGAAACCAAACCAACAGGUCUUUUUGUGAGAAAACUGGAUGACUUUUGAAGUUAAAGAAAGAGGAUCUACAAGCACUUUUCCCCAAAGAAAAAUCACUCAAGGAUACUCCUGCCUUUAGAUGGAACUGGACAGAAAAAACUACGCACAGCAACAUUAGCAACAUAGGUGUUUACAAAAUGGCAAAAGGAGAGAAACAUUUCUGAUGUUAUCCACUAAAGCUCCCCUUUUAUUUCCACUUCCUGAUUCCCGUUUACAACCUGGCUUUACAAUCAGUCUGUUUCAGCAAUGGACGGGUACUUCCUGUUUCUGUGAACUUGUUGGCAGCCAUCAAAGGUUCAGCUAUCAUGUCUGGUAGUUUUGGGACCUUGUAACCCUCCAGAACCUACCCUCCCAACUUCCCCACAUCCCCUCCCUCCUCCCUCUUCUAACCCCGAGAGGAGCUUCACCAAAAUGGAGGCUCAUGAAUCAGGUGCCGCUGGGCCGAGAUGCUCAAGUAAGGAACCAGUGAAGGAGAAGGCACCUCUACAACGAAAGUGGGCGUCUGAGCCCUCUGCAACCACCAAACGAAGCACUUUUGCUGACCCAGAGGCAAAACACCGCGAGAGUUUGCCGUGCGGUGCCACUGGGGGAUCAGCACCCCAGCAGAAGUACGCAAUUACAGGGAAUUCUGGGAAGCUGCUAUCUGGACCUUCUGUAGUUGGAGCCAUGGGAGGCCCGCCAUCUCAAGACCCCCAAGGGCCCUUUGCUCAGGGGUUCCCAAGGGGAUACUCCUACCAGCUCGGCCAGCCGUACCCUCAGCACCCCCAAACUGAGCGCUUCCUCUCAGGAGCCAAACCCCAGCCAGGUCUAGAGCCUCACGCCUGGCCUUUUGCUGGCCAGUUGCCCUCGGAUGACCUUUACCCUGUAGGACACCCAGGACAUACACAUCCUCACGGGGCUGGAGCAGGGAGGUUUCCCCGCCAGAAAUCUCCCAGUUUACCCAGCUCAUUUGGACAGUAUUCUCAGUCCGGCCCCGAGCCUGGAGAGGAGGGCUACAGCAAAAAAGAGCAGAAGCCGAAAAAGCCUGGUAAGUACAUCUGCCACUACUGUGGUCGAGCUUGCGCCAAGCCCAGCGUCUUGAAGAAGCACAUCCGCUCACAUACUGGAGAGAGGCCAUAUCCUUGUGUACCCUGUGGGUUUUCCUUCAAAACCAAGAGCAACCUUUACAAGCAUCGCAAGUCCCAUGCUCAUGCCAUCAAGGCUGGACUCGUACCAUUUUCAGAGCUAGCUGUGGCUCGUAGCGGGGACAUGGACCAGGCAUCCCCAGUGGGUGAGGCCGAGGUCCAUUCAGAUGGAGAGCAGAGUACUGACACAGACGAGGAAGGUGUGGAGGGCUCAACCAUGCUGACGGACAAAGACAGCCCCAUCCCCCAGAUCCCCUUUGAAGCUGACAAGAAUACAGGUGGUGUGGAACCAGCAUAUGCAGACUCAGCUGAAGAGCUGCUUGUGGGAUCUAUGAAAGUGCCUAUCCUUAUUGUUCCAAAACCUGGAGGAGUCCCCUCCACAGGGUUGGAGUGCCCACCCUUUCAGGAUAUAAAGGGGUCACACCACAUGUUGGCAUCACACGCUGGCGGGAGGGCGCAUUCACUGGAUGACUCCCCCACCAUCAAACAACGUUUGGCCCUGAGGCUGAAUGAGAAAAAAGGACAGGACUCUGACUCUGCCAUGUCCCAGUCCCUGAACCUCCUCAGUCCUCACAGCAAAGGCAGCACAGACUCUGGCUACUUUUCACGCUCCGAGAGUGCGGAGCAGCAGAUCAGCCCUCCAAAUACUAAUGUCAAGACGUACGAAGAGAUAAUGUUUGGUCGGACUUGGUACUACCGGCCCUCACGAUCCAGACAGUCUAUCACAGUGGGCAUGGCAGAGGCAGACCCCAGCCUGGCUGGUUUAAAGCAAACAGGUGGUAUUCUGGACAUGGGGAAGAUAGCUGAGGAUCAUAUCUGUUUCAGAGGGGAUGUAGGAGUUUCAGGAGAUCCCAAGCAGUAUCCAACAGGACCCUGUCAAAGCAGUACGGGACUUCUGGAGCCUCCAUCAGAUUCUGGACAUCUUAUCAGGAGUAACUCUAUGCCAACUUCCUCCCCUCCAAACCUUAGUGUACCCCCUAGUGGGAUUAGAGGCAGCCACUCCUUCGAUGAGAUGAUGACAUCGGAUGAUGUGUUUUACCCACCGGGGCGCAGACUCAGAAGACAGGCUGCGUUUGAACAUUCAGCCAACGAAGCCCAUGUAGGAGAGGCUGAGGGCUGUGGACACAUGCCCAAGAAUUUAGCUUCAUCUCUGGGUAUGAAAAUUGGUGAGCGUAGCUCAGGAGUCCCAGAGCACAUUGCCUACAGCCUAUAUGGUACUAAAGUUAGCAUGUCAGAAAUAGCCACAAGAAAAAGGCGGAAAGAGAAGAGUGUUGGGGAUGAAGAGGACAGCCCUGGGCACGGCGACAGUAGCUGCAGUGGUUCAGUAGAGAUGAUAGGGGACUACGAGUUUAAACAAAGUAGUCUUGAUGGGUCGAGAGCGACUCCAACAGGGAAGGGCUCUCUUCACAGUGCUCAUAGCCAGUCCGACAGCUUUGAUACCUGUGCCAGCAUGUGCUCGGAGGACAUUGCUCUAUUUCCUGAUUCCGAGGGCAGAAAGGCAGCUGGGAAUGUCAUAUCAGUCAUCCAGCACACUAACUCCCUCAGCCGGCCAAAUUCGUUUGAGAAGUCAGAGUCCUUUGAGCAGCCAGGGUAUCAGCCUUCAGAUAAAGCUCCAUCUAACCAGUACUCUGAACAGUCCGACAGCGAGAUCUUUGAAGAUGCUCUUAGCCCUGAAUCUGCCCUGCUGAGGACAGAGAGCAUGGAGCAGCAGCUUCAAAGUGACAGUGACCUGGCCUCCCUUUCAUCUUCAUCAGCCGCAGCCUCACCUGGCCAGCCUUAUCACAUCCCACACAAGCUAGUCCGACAACCCAACAUCCAAGUUCCUGAGAUCAGGGUGACGGAGGAGCCGGACAAGCCUGAGAAAGAUACAGACGCUCCAAUGUCCAAGGAACCAGAGAAGCAGCUGCAGCAUGUGGAGGAGUUCCAGCUGCCACAGAGGAGUGACACACUCGCUCAGAUGCCAUCGGAAAAACUCCCACCCAAGAAGAAGAGGCUGCGCCUGGCAGAUAUGGAGCACUCGUCAGGGGAAUCAAGUUUUGAGUCAACCUGCACCAGCCUUUCUCGCAGCCCCAGUCAGGAGAGCAACCUGUCCCACUCUUCUUCCUUCUCCAUGUCCUUUGACAGAGAUGAAGGCCUCAAGUCUGUCUCACCCACUAAACAGGAUGACUCGUCGGCAUCUGGCGGGGGACCUAAGCAGUCGGAGUUCCUGACAGUGCCUGGCAGUGGUCAUUCCAGCCACCACCAGCAGAGAGAGAUGAGGAGGUCUUCAUCAGAGCAGGCACCUUGCACGCUGCCCACAGAGUUGCCUGAAAUGCGCAGCAAAUCCUUUGACUAUGGAAGCUUGUCCUCCUCCAGACAGGGAGAAAUAUAUUCCAGUGCCUCUGCAAUGAAGGAACGCCGGCGUGGAUAUCUUGUUCGACAGGCUUCACUGAGUGUUUAUCCAGAGGCAGUCGUCCAGGAACCAGGGGGCGCUGAGAUGUCAAUCAAACAGGAGAGUCUGGAACAUGGGGCAUGGCCUGGCCCAACAGGAUCCCCCCACAGCAGCAGCGAUGUAGCCAGCAGAACCAAGAGAGUUGGCAGUAGCACUGGUGGUGUAGGAUCUCACCAACACCACCAGCACCACCAGCAUCUCCUCCAGCAGAGUAUCAGUGAGGACAGCCUGCAGGACGAACCUCUCUAUGGCAGGUCUCAUCAGCACCGCCUGCAGGCCCAGGGCUCUUCAUCUGAGGGAGAAUAUCCAGGUCAUGAGGUCAUGAAUAAGGAUGUAAUCCAGUAUCCGAGUGGUCCUCCCUUCAUUUCCUACCAGCAGCCAGGUCUGUUCUGGAGUCAGGAGGCCAGUCAGACACCGAGACAGCAGCUGACCCUCCAGGCCCAGCAACAACUCCAAAAACUCCACAUUAGAUCACCAGGCUCCAUGCCUGGACACCCACUCCACAAACAACAACCGCUCCACUCCCUGCAGCAAAUCCAUAAUCAGCAGCCACAUGAUGGAAAAUCAGAAAAUCCAAGCUCUCAGAUGUACCCUGCCUCUUUCUCAUCUCGCACCUCUCCCCUUUCCCAGCAACAACAGCAAAACUUUGCUUCUCUCUCCUCCAAGCACUCCUUGCCCAGUUCCACCACUGCCUCCAUGCUCCUGCAGCAGGUCCAACCCGUCUUUGCCACUCAGAACCUGGGCUCCCAAGCCUCUCUGCCAGGUAUGCUGGUUCCUGUGCGGAUCCAGACCCAUGUGCCAUCAUAUGGUAGUGUUAUGUACACCAGUGUUAGCCAGCUUAUAGCUAACCAUGGCAGCGGGCCGCAAGGGUUAGGCUUAGCCAGGCCAAGCGGUGCCGAUAACAGCAACGUGUCCCCUUCAGUUGGUGCUGCGGGUGUCAGCAAACCACCUGGAGGAAUUGGAGGAGGCAUAAGUGGGACUGGUUUCAACUUAUCACACUUCCUUGGACAAACUGAUGGUGCAGCACUGCGUUUUCCACCCUGGAAGGUUUCAGAUUCACUACCAGAGCAACGCCUAAACACGGGGAUCCCACUGUCACUAACGUCAGGCACCAUAUCCACCACAGACGCCUCAGGAUCUAGCAUCGGAGGCAGUAAGCGCAUGCUGUCCCCCGCCAGCUCUCUGGAGCUCUUUAUCGAGACCAAGCAGCAGAAAAGAGUGAAGGAGGAGAGGAUGUAUGGACAGAUUGUUAAGGAGAUGAGUGCAGUGGAGUUAAGUGGAACUGGAAGCAGCAGCAAGCCUGAGAAGGGGCAGAGCAGAGGUCAGCGAGCUCGUCUGAAGAGCGAAGACUCCAAUGAUGAGUCUGAAAGGAUGUCUUCUUCUCCUCCAUUUGGUGACUUCCCUGUUGCCACUAAGAUUGCCAUUCCCGUCCGUUCCUCUGCUCCGCACCUCCCCGAUGUUCCCCGGGCAGAGAGCUUCACUCCUCCUCUCCAGAUUGUCACAGAUCGUUCCCCAGUUUCAGGUGGUCGGGACUCCCCAGAGGAGCUCGAUGUUGACGACUCAGUCCCAGAGCCCAGCUCCAGCCCACAGUCCAUGGUGUCCUCCAAUGACACAGAGGACACUGACAACACAAAUCAGCCUACACCCAGUAAAAUCCCUGUCAGCAUGCUGGUACAGCUAGCUGCCAACCAAAGCGCAGGAUUAUCCGGAGCAGUGGGCCAGACUCUGCUACUCACGGAUGUGGCUGACGUCCAGCAGUUUUUCCAAUUCCCAAGCCUGCGCACUAUGAGUAGAGUCAGCUGGUGUUUCUUGAACUACACCAAACCCAACAGCACCCAAACUGCCUCGCACAGCUCUGUCUACAACUCAUGGUGUGUUAGCUCAUACAACCCCAAUCCGCUGAACCUCAGCACCAAGGCUGCACUGGCCCUGCUGAGGUCCAAACAGAGGAGAAACACUGAUAGGAUGUACUCAACUGCUGCCAUGUCGCCACCCAGCUCUGGGAAGCUGGUGUCAUCUGUGGCCUGGAAGCUGAGGUUUGAUCAGUUGAAACCAGAGCUGAUGCCAGUCGAUGUCAGUAAUUUCGGGAGGAAGAUGAAGGGAGUGGUGUCAUGGGACCGUUCGAAGGAAGAGCAGGUAGAGAAGGAGGUCUCGGUCAAACAGCCCGCCGCUGAACCGACCCGCAUCAAGAUCUUCGAAGGCGGGUACAAAUCCAAUGAGGACUAUGUUUAUGUCCGUGGUCGGGGUCGAGGAAAAUACAUCUGCGAGGAAUGUGGCAUCCGCUGUAAGAAACCGAGUAUGCUAAAGAAACACAUCCGAACGCACACCGACGUCCGGCCGUACGUCUGCAAGUUCUGCAACUUCGCCUUCAAGACAAAAGGAAACCUGACGAAACACAUGAAGUCUAAGGCUCAUAUGAAAAAGUGUCUGGAGCUGGGAGUCUCCAUGUCUUCUGUUGAGGACACUGAGGCGGAAGAAGGAGAUGCCGGCGAGGAAGGCCAGAGGUCGGAAAAGAUGUCCCGAGGCGCCAUGGCGGAGCACCAGUUCUCAGACGCUGAUGACUCAGAUGGCGGCGAGGAAGAUGGCGAUGAGGUGGAUGAUGACGAUGACGAAGAGGAUGACUAUGAUGGCGACUCCACUCCUAAGACCCGUUCGCGCUCGACUAGCCCGCAGCCUUACUCCCUGCCCUCCAUGUCAAUCACAGCUGUGGCCUCCUCCCACCCCGCUCCUCACCUUUCUCACCACUCAGCGUCGGACCUCCUGGGCAACACCAACAAGCCUCCGCUGUUUGGCUACUUCACCACUGUGCCGAGCAUCCAGAUCACACCGCAGGCUCCGCCCAGCGACCACAGCCAGACAGAGUACCACAGAGGCCUGCAGAGGGCGCUAGGCAGCAGGCUGCUGGCUCCACCCUCCUCCUCCAUAGAUGAAGACCUCCCCGUCCCCUCCCCAGAUCUCUCCUCACCCUCCUCCCGCCUGUCCUCACCCGGGCUGGACCACUCCGGCUGCUCGUCGCCCAUCUCCCCAUCCUCCUCACCUUCAGCCCGUCGAUACCUCUCCCCACGUCGCGACCUCUCGCCCCGUGCAGGACACCUCUCACCCCGGCGGGACAUCUCUCCUCUGCGUCACAUCUCCCCCAAGAGGGACCUGGGGGCAGCAGGAGGUUACAGGCGAGAUCUCUCCCCCAGGAGGGGACACUUCUCGCUGCUCUCCCCUCUCUCGCGGCCCACUUCUCCCGGAGGAAGAGACUACAAGCGUGAUCUUUCACCAAGAGGCCGCCACAGGGCGAUGAUCCGGCCUGUUUCUCCUCGCCGAGGGCUCCACCAACACCUCCACCACCAAAGCCAGCAGAGUGGAUUGCGAGGCAUCAGGCCAGGUCACCAGGCCGGGGUGCUGGGUCAGGCAGAGCUCGGCCCUCUUGGACGUCGCAGAACCAGCGCAGAGAUGGAGACGGAUCAUUGCCUGGGCUCGCCAGGGGAACGGGACCAGGGCAGUAGUCGCGGUAACCAGUCCAGCCCACCUCACCAAGUCCUGUUCAGCCACCUUCCUCUCCACUCUCAGCUCCAGGUGCGUUCGCCGUUCCCAAUGAUCCCCAUUGGUGGGAUCCAGAUGGUACACUCCGUCCCCACGUCCGUCACCGCCCCUCUAGGCCAGCAGGGGGCGCAGCAAGUUGCAUCCCGCUUUGUGCUGCAGAAAAGCACAUCAGAGGACUCCAACACCAGCGAGGCCACCUCCCCUCAUUUCACCUCCUUCACCGAGAAGGGAGUACGAGGAGGCGAGAGACUGAGGCAGUCGACUUCACCUCACCCCUCAUCGCAGGAGAGGGAAGGAGGAGGAGGGAGGCAGGAGCAGGAGGAGAGCAUCCAGACCUGCACCAAGGCCAUCGCCUCGCUCUGCAUUGACUCGGAGGAGCUCGCCGAGAGAGGAGGAGGAGGAGUCAGAGGGGAUAGAGGGAAAGAUGGAGCCAGAGCUUCUUCUUCCUCCUCUCCCUCUCCUUCUACGUUGUCUCAUGACUCCCAACAGCGCUCGCCAUCCAUCUCCAUGUCGCCGCCAUCUCCUCACGCUUCACCAUCUACCCCACAAGGUCCCGGGAUUCAGCACUUUAGCGGCCAGGAGCUCAGGCCUCUGCACACGUCAAUCCCCGCCUCCCCCCACUCCUCUGCCCCCUCUCCCUCCCCUUCCUCCUCCUCCCCUCACCCUCCCAGCCCCGCAUCUGAAACCCUCCAACCUCCAACGGCGUCCAAACCUCUCAAGCUGGAGAGAGACAGGGAGGCAGAAAGCACAAAAAGAAGCAAAGACGUGUCGUAGGACUGCAGAAGAAGAAGAGG